AGAGUAGGCCACCGUCAUUUUCUUGGAAGGAAAAUUAACUGGACAACGGAGUUAUAAAACGUGACAGAACAGAAUGUAAUCCUUAUAGGCCUAUGAUAAACUCCCUCGAGAAAAUCUCAUGAGCGUAUAUCAGCUGGUUUAAAUUUAGCACGACAAGCAUAUACAUGAUAAAGCAGAUGCUAUGGCUGUUCCAUACUUCAUUCUGUGAGUGAGUGUUCAACGUGUGUGUGUCUUCAAUGAAUGGGCUUUUGUGAUGAAUUCAUAACUCGGAUUAUCUCAUAUAGAUCAGUUGAGUGGAUUCGGUGGUGGUGAGGAGAAUUAGCGGGCAGCUUUCCCUACUCAAACUGCUUAUCAAACCUACAUUCCAGUAUCUGGCUGCUGCUGGUACGAGUACAGAAGCUGAGUGUAGCUGAGAGGAUUGGACUGAGUUGAUGCUGUGCAGCCUCCGAGACAGGUCGGCAGCGCGGGAUUAUAACUCCAGUAGGCAGUACACAACAUGGAGCUAAAAGUACAGAUACAUCAUCGGACGUUGCGGAGUGGUAAAAACAAAGGAGUAAUUCUAACAGAAACGUGGCAUACUUUUUAUUUAUUGGUUGUGACUAUAUUAUUCAGUAUUGUGGAGACGAGGCCUACGCCUUUGCCGCCAAGUUAUAAGCAUGGGACAAAGAAACCAGUGAAUCCUGGGGUAGCUGGCAUCAUGGAACAUGGGAUGGGGUACUUGAUGAAGUUCGGCUACCUACCUCAGUCAGAUUUAGAAACAGGAGAACUUCGUUCAUCAGAAGAUUUAAAAAGGGCAAUAAAAGACUUUCAGCGGAUAGCUCACAUCCCUGAGACGGGAGUACUUGACGCGAAAACAUUGGACUUCAUGCAGAAGCGGCGAUGUGGCGUACCAGAUACAGCAAUAUCAAACGAUAGGACUAGUCGAACAAGGAAUAAACGAUAUGCAUUCGCGGGGAGCAAAUGGUAUAAAAACGACCUAACUUACACAAUCCGUAACUACAGUCCAGAUAUGAACAUCAAUGAAACGCGUGACGCGGUGCGGCGAGCGUUCAAUGUUUGGAGCGCAGUCACGUCUCUGACGUUCCGAGAGAUCAUGCGAGGGGAAGCUGACAUCAACAUUCAGUUUGCCGUCGGCUACCAUGCUGAUGGCUAUCCAUUUGACGGGAAAGGUCUCAUCCUGGCUCAUGCCUUCUUCCCAGGUGACGGAAGAGGAGGGGACACACAUUUCGAUGACGAUGAGACCUGGUCCUACAAAGAUAAACCAGGUGUGAAUCUGUUCUCAGUGGCCGCGCAUGAGUUUGGCCAUGCUCUGGGACUUGGCCAUUCUUCUGUAGAGAAAUCGCUCAUGUACCCAUGGUAUCAAGGCUACGUGAAGAAUUUCCGCUUGCCCGAGGACGACAUAAGGGGUAUACAUGCACUAUAUGGAGACCCGAACGUCAUACCCACGAAGCCUAUAGACCGUGGACCAGGUAAACCAACUCGCCGACCAUAUGGACGCACGUAUCCUCCACGGCCGAGGCCCACUGUGUGGCGUCCGAUUCGGCCCACUUGGCGUCCUUACCCUCCGCAUCCCACUAGACGCCCGAUAGUCACAACUACUACUACUAGACGCCCGUGGCCAGGUCCAAGGCCAGAUCCAACGACCAUCUCCCCACCACGACAGGUUCCGACAAGAGUCAAGUUUGUCCCCAUUGGCAACAGGCCUGAUACGUGUAGGACAUCCUUUGAUGCUACUGCGGUGGUCAGAAAUGAAAUAUUCAUAUUCAAAGGAAAGUGGUUCUGGCGAGUGACGAAGAAUGGCCUGGUUGAUGGAUACCCUGUCGAACUGAACCGAUUCUGGUUUGGCUUCCCCGACAAUAUGGAUAGUGUAGAUGCUGUCUAUGAGAGUCCGUUAGAUGGUUACAUUGUCUUCUUCAAAGGCAAGAAGUACUGGCGUUUCAAUGGAAACCAUGUGAUAGUUGGCUUCCCCCAACAAGGUCGACCUAUCACAGAACUCGGUCUCCCCCACGAUCUCGAGAAGAUAGAUGCGGCAUUUGUUUGGGGCCACAACAAGAAGACUUAUCUUAUGAGUGGUGAUAUGUACUGGCGGUUUAAUGAGAAAAGUGCUGUAGUGGACUAUGAUUAUCCUAGGGACAUGAGCAUGUGGAAGGGGGUGCCUACACCGGUGGAUGCAUCAUUCCGCUCAUGGGAUGGUAUUACAUACUUCAUGAAGGGACUCAACUACUAUGCUUUCAACGAUGCCAAGAUGCGGGUACGGGAGGGCUACCCCAAGUCCGCACUUACCAAGUGGCUUGGUUGCUCACCAUAUGAGACCAAGGUUAUGACAUCGGACAAUGUAAUCCCUGGUAUGAGUGAUAGAUCUGCAGCAGGGCAGGAAGGACACAAUAGUGCUGAAAAAUAUUCAGCUUCAGCAGUUAUGAUAGUGCUUUGCUUGCUAACAUCAUAUUUCACACAAGAGACUGUGCAAUGAGCUGUUCUUCGUAAUGGCAGCAUACAUAAAACUUACCACGGAUAUUCGGAGUUAAACGUCACGUUUUAAGGACAUCUGCUUAAAUUUUCAGAUUAUCGUCCGAUUAUAAUGGUCACAAUUUAACUCACAUGUCGAUGUACUGUGCCAAAGUCACUUGUAAAACUGAGGUGAUGUCAAAAUACAUGGUUGUGCUUGUCUAGUUUCAUGCUUAAUGUGCAAUUAAUCAUGACGGUAAUGUUGUCAAGUGAAUUUCAAUUAGUAUACUCUGACUUAAUGUUGUCUUGUGAUGCUAUCAUAAAAAUAUCGUUUUGUAUACUUGCAUGACGUGAAGCAUAUCAAUCUAAUUGAAAAAGCUUAGGAAUCACAAUGUUUGUGUGAACAAGUAUUUGAUUUAUUAUAAUCGAAGAAAAACUACCAACAGAAGACACAUGCGCCAGUGUAUUACAACCACAAACAUACAUGUGCAAACAUGCCUUUCAUAUUUUCUGAAGGCUUGUACAGUGUAAGUCCAGUUAGUUAGAUAUUACCAUUUGAUCAUGAGAUUCGUAAGGAACUUUUGACCAGUCAUCUUUUGCAUGUCCUCUGUUUAUUCCAAAAUGCCAAUCUUCGCAAUGCAAUAGGGCUUUCUUGAUUUAGGAAAUGGUUAGGAAGAACAAUGCUGUCCAAGCUUACUUACGGAUCUAUAGCAAUAUAGAUCCGUGGCUUACGCAAAGAGAUGUACGAGCAGUCUUAGCCUCUUGAAUGAGAUGCAGGCGCGAGGCAAAGACAUUUCGGCCGAUCUACACGAGUUGAGUAAUAAAAUGGAUAGUGCUUGAUCUCAAAUUCAAUGAAGCACUACGAUCAAUUGAAUAACGCACUGAAUUUGAAUUUUAUAUCUAGUUCCACCUAUCUCAGACCGUUUCUUAAUAUUCAAGCCAAGUCCCAAUAGACACAUACAGUCGCAUAUUUAUUUGAUACCAUUCAACAUGCUGAACUGGGAUAGGCAUAGUAGGCGACACUAAGUUGGUAGAUGGUCAUGACAACUUCCUUGGCCUUUGUAUCGCUUUCGUAGAAAUUUAUGAAGCGGUUUUCGAUUGGUGAAACUAGAAGAUUAUGAUCAGCUAUGACUUAUAAUAAAAUCUACACUUUCUUUUUGUAAAUGUUGUUUCUCCAAACAGACAAACGCAUCACGGUUGUUAAUGUGACGACCUCUAUAUUAUGAUUUGCUGGCGAAAUUAGAUGGUAUUGAACUUCCUUUUGCUCUCUGUAGUUCCCUAAAACAGACCAAUGCAACUUGGAUGUUAAUGUUACGACUUUUUUCUAUUAUGAUUUGCUGGGCUGAGUACUACGGUGCUCAUGUUUUUUUUCGUUAUCGUCGGCUGAGAUUCAACUCCCCAAUUUUGGUUGAUUGGAAACCCUCCUAGUAGGGGCUGAAAAGGUUGUCGACUGAUACUCAAUGGUAACCCACUUUGCUCAACCAAAACAUGAGAUUAGCGAAAGGUGUUACUAUAAUUUUCGCUAUGUAUUUUCUAUGGUAUACACCGUCUAUAAUGUAACUUCCAUAACCGCAAUACGUUUUGUUAAUAAGUAUGUACAUAUUAAGCACAGAUUUAUAGUAGUUAGCACAGAUUGCAUGAAAAUCCUAUUUUAUUCUGCACCUCUGUUAAUUAAGUUAUCCAUGACCGGGAUCUAUGAUUACUAAUUCAUCAUUAUUUUCUUGCCGUGAUACAGUUACAAAUGUUCUACAUGUAAUUUAAAAUUGCCAAUAAUUUGCUACAUGAAGUGCCGGCUGCUUGUCGUAUAAAUGAAAGUUGUGCUUAGGGGGGCGGGGCGUAUGCUCUUAACGAAAGCUUAUACCUAUCAAUUUUGAGUUACCUCGUGUCUUUGAAAGAGGAAAUUAUCCUGAUAUAAUUUAUCUCUCUACUAAAUGAUCAAUCGAUGUCAUUGCUAGUGUAAUCUGGUCAAAAGAGAUAUAAAAAAAGGUUGUAUCCGUUUUAAUGACGAUUUGUUGUAAAUAGAAUAUCUAUCGUUCACUAUUGUUGAUCUCCUCUUGUGGAACUCACAGCACACACACAGCAAUCUCGUAAAUGCCAAAUCGUCUGCGUAUAUUGAGGGUAGUAAAUAAGACUUUCACAGUGAUGGGAUAGGUUUGUUAGAAUAAUUUAAUGCACUUGAUGUCCGUUGACUUUUGAAACAGGUCCUAUACAAAACACAGACUUCGUGCUUAAAAGGGUACCAUUAGGCCGGUAUGAUAUUUUAAAUGUCGAUCUGGUGACAUUACUAUCAUCAAAGUUCGCAUAAGGCGUUAUAUUACUGUUAUAAAGCUACACAAUUUGUAAUAAAAGGUAUAAUAAGA